AGGAAUUUGGGAUUGAGAUGACGUAAGCACCGAUACACCAAGAUAACAAAACUGAUCACUUCCCCCUCGUUUCUCUCUUUGCAUAUCAACAAAACCUAAUCACUUGGCAUCUCUUUCGUCGAAUCCUAAACCCUAAUUUUGACCUUUGAAGCUAUCGGCAAUGGCAGAUCAGAGCAAGAACAACACUCCUGAGAUCUUCGAGCUCAACAAUGAAUCCAUGCAUGUCAAGAUCUCAAAUUAUGGCGCCACCAUCACCUCCUUGUCUGUCCCCGACAAGAACGGAAAAUUGGCUGAUGUAGUCCUCGGAUUCGACUCGGUGGAUCCAUAUGUGAAAGUGCUUGCACCCUACUUUGGUUGCAUAGUUGGUCGUGUAGCAAAUCGGAUCAAAGAGGGCAAGUUUAGUCUCAAUGGAGUCGACUACACUCUUCCCAUCAACAAGCCUCCCAACAGCCUCCACGGUGGUAACAAAGGUUUCGAUAAGAAGAUAUGGGACGUUGCAGGACACAAGAAAGACGGUGAAAAACCUUUCAUCAUUUUCAAAUAUCACAGCGCCGAUGGAGAAGAAGGUUACCCCGGUGCGGUUGCUGUGACGGCAACAUACACUCUCACGUCAGCAACAACCAUGAGACUUGACAUGGAAGCAACUCCUGAGAACAAAGACACUCCCAUCAACUUAGCUCAGCAUACAUACUGGAACUUGGCUGGUCACGACUCAGGAAACAUUCUUGACCACAUGAUCCAGAUUUGGGGGUCUCACGUCACCCCUGUGGAUCAGUUCACAGUUCCUACAGGGGAGAUUUUACCGGUGAAGGGAACUCCUUUCGAUUUCACCGAGGAGAAACGUAUAGGCGAGUCUAUUGGAGAGGUGGGUUUAGGAUACGACCACAACUACGUGUUGGACUGUCCUGAUCAAGAGAAGGAGGGGCUGAAACACGCGGCGAAGCUAAGAGAUGGUGCGAGCUCGAGGGUGAUGGACUUGUGGACAAAUGCUCCGGGGGUGCAGUUUUAUACGGGGAACUAUGUGAAUGGAGUGGUUGGGAAAGGGAAUGCGGUUUAUGGGAAGCAUGCAGGUGUGUGCCUUGAGACGCAAGGCUUCCCAAACGCGAUUAACCAGUCUAAUUUCCCGUCUGUUGUGGUUAAGGCUGGUGAGAAGUACAAGCAUACUAUGUUGUUUGAGUUUUCAGCUUGAGUGAGACCGGUUUGAUUGGUCCACAGAACCGGAAAGAGUGUUCUUUUUAUUUUAUUUUAUUUUAUCUUGUCCUGGUUCUGGGCAGGUGUACACCAAAGUGAACCUAAUUUCUUUAAAGGAAAAGUACUUUAGCUUUGAAUUA